AUGUCAGUGACGGAUAAUAAUGCACCCUUGGCGAUCAUAAGAAAUACAAAAGCAAAUCGGCGCAUCGAGCCCUCGGAGCCGUUGGAGGAAAAGGGACCCUAUUCUUUUCUCUUCCUUCAAUCCUCUCGAUUGCAUUUCGGUUUGAGAUCGAGAGAGAGAGAGAGACUGUACUCGUACGCCCUUAAAAAGAUCGGAAAUGGCGGAGGCGGCAGGCGAGGAUCCGGCGCAGUCCCGCGUCGCGAUCAAGGAAAAGAGGGCGGAAUCGCCGACGCCGGUGACGGUGGGCGGAGGAAGGGAACUUUGGCGAGGAUUUGGAGAGGGAUUUUUGGAUCGAGGAAAGAGGACUACGAGAAGGAGCUGCAGCAUCUCUCGAAGGAGGAGGCCUCGGUUCAUGCCAGGAUGAAGCGGAGGGCUCUCAGAUCGAGGAAGCUCGCCAGGAACGUCGUCGUCCUCGCCGGAAUCGUCGAGGUGGUAGCUGUGGCUUUUGCUGUCAUGACAGUGAGGUCAUUGGAUCUGCGGUGGACAAUGAAGUUAGUGCGAUCUUUGCCGGCAAUUCUUUCACCUGUUUUUUCUUUUCUUAUCUACACAGCAGUUGUUCGCCUCACAAAAUUGCUGGACCACAAGGACCAGAAGACACUUGAAAGACUACGUGCUGAAAGGAAAGCAAAGAUUGAUGAGCUCAAAGAGAGAACAAACUAUUACACUACUCAACAACUCAUUCAGAGGUACGACCUCGAUCCAGCUGCAAAGGCUGCAGCAGCAAGUGUUCUUGCAUCUAAAUUGGGCACUGAUUCUGGUCUGAAUGUAUUUCUACGAGAUGAAUCAAAUGCUAACUUGUCAUUAGCAAGAAGUAAUGAUGUGGAAUUGGUGCAGUCGAGUGGGCUCCGAAACAGGAGACAUACUCAUUCUCCCAAUGAUGGCAAUGGAAGCAGUGGCUCAUCUCGAUCGAUGAUCGAAGUGCCUAAUGAAUAUGGAGCUUCUGCUCAGAUCGUUGCUGCUCAAAGCCAAAUGGUUGUUGAGCAUCAUCGAGGUCCGAGCCCUAGUGAUGGCGGGUGGAUUGGUCGUAUUGCUGCACUUCUUGUGGGGGAGGAUCCUUCGAAUUGCUAUGCGCUUAUAUGCGGAAACUGCCUCAGGCACAAUGGGCUGGCGAAGCAAGAAGAUUUUCCUCACAUAAUGUACUACUGCCCUCACUGUCAUGCGUUAAACUCAUCUCAACAACAACAAACUGUUGAGCUCGAAUCUGGUACUCACUCUGGGAUGUCAACUCCUUCAGCUUUAGCUGAUGGUAGCCUUGUUCGUACUUUAAGCCAUGCAAGUUCUACCUCAGGGGGCGAAGCCUCGCCUCGGAUAACCACAGCUGUUCAUGAUCAAUUUGCUGGAGCCGCCUGAUGAUUUGAUGUCAUAGAAAUAUGGUGGUUUUGGGGUUAUUCAUUUGUUUUAUAUUUGUUUAUUCAGUGGUCUGUUUUGUACAGGAACUCUUGUCAUUAGCAAAUCAUCGUAUUACUAAAUGGGUGGAGAGAAGUCGUGUGGGUCUUGGAGAAUUUUGUUGAUGUAAAUUGAUCAAUUUUCGUUCUCUCCAAGGCAUUAAGAUUACAGUUUCUCGGGUUAAUCAUUGUUUCAGACCUGUGGAGAAAAAGGUACUGAUUCUUUGCUGAUAUUUUUCUAUCGUUAGAGCUGGGUAAAUUGAGCUUUGAUUUUGAGUUGAUGAACCGAGGUGUUGUAUUUACUAGCAAAUUCAUGUUGCUAACUAAUGUUUAAAGAGUUUUCUGGAAUGUGUGUCUUUCUGGA